GAAGGACAGGAUGUAGGAGGUGAAGCAGUUAAAGCAGAACACUAGAACAUCUCUGUUCACAUGCUCAGAGGAGGGAGUGUGUUAGAAAUGGCAGCGUAUCUGCUUCUGUUUACUCUGCAGCUGCUGUUUGGUCUCAUUAGGCCGAGUCUCCUUCAGAACAUUUCAGCUGAUCUCAUAUCUGUUUCUCCAGGAGCAAACAUCACUCUGCUCUGUAACAUCACUAAUUACUCACAGAAAUCCUGGUAUCAGAUGAUCUCAGCAGGGUUGAGGCAGAUUAUAUCAGCCAGACAAAGCAGCCUGAACAAACACUUUUAUGUGGAUUAUAAUGUAGAUGAGAGUCACUUUUAUUUAACAGAAAGCAGCAGUUCAGUCAGUUUAGUGAUUAUUGGAGUUCGAGAGACGGAUCUGGGGUUUUAUUACUGUGGAGGACGAAAUGAUGAGACACACAUUCAGUUUGGGAAACUCAUCAGACUGAACUUUACAGGUGGCAGCAAUAAUGGAUCUUCAUCUGAGGCUUCAGAUUCACAGCCGCCUGCUAGAAAUGUUAACGACUGGAUUAGAAAUGUGAUUGUAAUGUGUGUGUGCUUCGUCUCCGUCCUAAUAACCAUCUGCAUGUGUGUGUUCUGCAGCAGGGUUCUAGGAAAAUGAACAUCAUGCAGCUUCUUCAGUCACACCACCGACUCCACUGAUAAGGCUGAAAACAUUUAUUAUACCACUGUUCAGUACAAAAGAAUGUCCACUGCAUCUGCUACGAACAUCAAGUCAGACUGCAGGACUGAUUCCUAACUGUUACCUCACAGCUGCAGAGACACUGACAAGCACAAGGUGCACAAAUAUCUAUCUAUCUAUCUAUCUAUCUAUCUAUCUAUCUAUCUAUCUAUCUAUCUAUCUAUCUAUCUAUCUGUCUGUCUGUCUGUCUGUCUGUCUGUCUGUCUGUCUGUCUGUCUGUCUGUCUGUCUGUCUGUCUGUCUAUCUAUCUAUCUAUGCAUGUUAUACAGUACCUCACAAAAGUCAGUACACCCCUCACAUUUCAGCAAUCACUUUAAUAUAACUGUAACUGUUUUAGUAAAACUGAUGUUUAGUUUCUAUUAGAAGAGCAUCAUGUUCUGCUUCAAAAUGUCACAGUACACCGACACACUGAGCUUUCACUUCUAUAACCUCUAAAGCAAUGCUGCAGCACUCAUGCGUCUGAAUUUUGAAUCAGUUUCUGCACCUGACGCACACAACAGGACUCGACUUCUUUAAUGGACUCUUGUGAGGUCUGUUCCAAGUGGAACCCGUGUUGUAAAACCUCUGUAUGACCCUGAACACUGUACUGUAACUCAGUUUAGUAUUAGCUCUGCAUCUUUGUAGAGAGCAACAAUUCUAAUUUUUAAAUCCUCAGAGACUCUUUACCAUGAGGUCCAUGUUGAACAUCC